AUGUCGAGACGCUCUCCUAAACCCAUACCUAGAUGCUCCUGCGGAUUAACAGCAAUCGUGAAGACCUCAUGGACAAAUUGGAACCCAGCAAGAAGAUUUGUGGUCUGCACUUUAGGAGAGGAUGAGGGAUGUGGUUUUUGGGAAUGGUAUGAUCCAACAAUGUGCGAAAGAUCAACUCAAGUGAUUCCUGGUUUGCUGCGAAGAAUGAAUAGAAUGGAAAGUAAUAUGGAGGAAUUAGAAACUUCAGCAAGAAGAUGGGAAAAUAAAGCUCAAAAAUUGGAACUUAAAGUUGCAAAAUUGAAGGGUGAAGUGAAAAAGCACAAGACCAGAGAGCACUAUCUCAAAAGAGCUCUUCUCGGUACAUGGGCUUUUAUAUUGUUGUAUUGUUUUUGCUGCUAUCUAAAGACUGUUAUUAAGAGUGACCAUAUGUUGGCCAUCAAGGGAUAG